ACAGAACAAUAGGACCUAACUGACAGACAGAUCAUCUCAGGUCUCUAAAAAUGCCGAAGAAAAGUGAAACUACAAGAAAAAUGGAGGAAGUGGGGAUAGAAAUUGAUGGACAAGUGGAGAGUGCAGAGGAGGACAGCAAAGCAAAACGCAAGGGUACCAGUAAAACAGCAGCAGGCAAACGAAGCAAGGCGGCCAGUGAUGAUGCUGAAGAUGAAGAUGAUGAACCUCCAAUAGGUCGCAGAGCAGUUAACAGAAAAAAGACAGCCCAGAAGACCUUAGAGGAGGAGAGUGAUGAUGACAUUCCUCCGAGGAGGUGUGCAGGGAAUCGGAGAAGAGGGAAGCCUGGAGGUAAAGGGGGGGACGACACCAAAAAAAACAAGAGAAGCAAGUCCAAAUCAAAUAAGAAGAAGAGUAGUAGUGAGGACUCAAAGUCAGAGGGGGGGGACGAGGAGAAGGAGGAGGACGAGGAGGAUGAGGAAGAGGAGUCCAUGUCAGAGGGUGAGAGGGCGAGGUUAAUGGAGGAGGUGGAGGAGAAAAAGAAGCUCAUCGCUACCAUUAGAAACAAACCUUGGCGGAUGAAGAGGAGACUCAAACUUCUCAAGGAAGCUCAGUUGUUUGUGGAUAAGUUUGAAGGUGCUCUCGGCAAAGGCAAGGGCAGAAAGUUAUAUGCCUACAAAAUCAUGAUGAUGAAGAAAUGGAUCAAGUUUCAAAGAGAUUUUGAAAAUUUUAAAACAGCCUGCAUACCCUGGGAACGAAAAAUCAAAGAAGUUGAAAGUCACUUUGGUUCUUCAGUUGCCUCUUAUUUUAUCUUCCUUCGCUGGAUGUACGGCAUGAACCUGGUCCUCUUCAGUUUGACCUUUGGCCUGGUUGUGAUUCCAGAGCUUCUCAUGGGACUUCCUUAUGGAUCCAUUCCUCGCAAAACAGUACCAAGAGAGGAACAAGCCACAGCAAUGGACUAUGCAGUACUUACUGACUUUAACGGUUACUGCAAGUAUUCUGUUCUUUUCUAUGGCUACUAUAAUAACCAGAGAACCAUUGGCUUCCUAAAGUUCCGUCUUCCUUUGUCCUACCUGAUGGUGGGCGUUGGGACCUUCGGGUACAGUCUGAUGGUUGUAAUCCGCACGAUGGCUAAAAACGCAGAUGUAGGGGGUGGGGACGGCGAAGACAGUGAGUUCACCUUUGCUUGGAAGAUGUUUACCAGCUGGGACUAUCUCAUCGGCAACUCAGAGACAGCUGACAACAAGUUCGCCUCCAUCACCACUAGCUUUAAGGAGUCUAUAGUGGAUGAACAGGAAAACCAGAAGGACGAGAACAUCCACCUGACAAGGUUUCUCCGAGUGUUGGCCAACUUUCUUAUCACCUGCACCCUGGGUGGCAGUGGCUACCUUAUUUAUUUUGUAGUCAAACGGUCUCAAGAGUUUGCUAACAGGGAUGACCUGAGCUGGUAUGAGAAAAAUGAGAUGGAGAUUAUCAUGUCUCUGCUGGGACUGGUGGGGCCCAUGCUGUUCGAGACCAUUGCUGAGUUGGAGGACUACCACCCCCGCAUUGCCCUCAAGUGGCAGCUUGGACGCAUAUUUGCCCUGUUUUUGGGUAACCUCUACACCUUCCUGCUUGCUCUAUUUGAUGAGGUCAAUCAAAAGCUAGAGCAGGAGAAAUCCAUAAAGAAUGCCAGCUUGUUGUUCAUAAAAGAGUAUUAUGCCAACUACACUCUCAAUAACCCCAACGCAACUGGCACACCACCUCCUAUUGACCCUGCUGAUAUCAUCCGUGGUCCAUGCUGGGAGACAACAGUGGGAAUAGAGUUUGUAAAACUGACCGUCUCUGAUAUCCAAGUGACUUACCUGACCAUCCUCAUUGGGGACUUUAUAAGGGCUCUGGUUGUACGUUUCCUCAACUACUGCUGGUGUUGGGACUUGGAGGCAGGCUGGCCCUCCUAUGCUGAGUUUGACAUCAGCGGCAAUGUCCUUGGACUGGUCUUCAAUCAAGGGAUGAUAUGGAUGGGAGCUUUUUACGCUCCCGGUCUGGUUGGCAUCAAUGUCCUUCGUCUCCUUACCUCUAUGUACUAUCAGUGCUGGGCUGUCAUGGCUUCCAAUGUGCCCCAUGAGAGAGUCUUCAAGGCUUCUAAAUCCAACAACUUCUACAUGGGCCUUCUGCUUCUUAUCCUCUUUUUAAGUCUGCUGCCUGUGGUCUACACUAUAAUGUCUCUGCCCCCGUCCUUUGAUUGUGGGCCCUUUAGUGGAAAGGAAAGGAUGUUUGAUGUGAUUAUGGAGACUAUAGACCUGGAUCUACCUGCAUUUAUGGGGACAUUGUUCAGCUAUGCAGCCAACCCUGGCCUAAUCAUCCCUGCCAUUCUGCUCAUGGUUCUGGCUAUUUACUAUCUCAACUCUGUGUCUGAAGCCUAUAAGAAUGCCAACAACGAGCUGAAAAAGAAAAUGCAGAUGGCAAGAGAUGAGGAAAAGAACAGACGAAAUAACAAAGACAGCACCAAUCAAGUGAUGAAGGAUUUAGAGGACUUACUACCCAACCGCUCAAACACUUCAGAGGAGCGGGCAGACAAGCCUGAUGAAAGCAGACCUUCUAAAAUAAAACCUGGUGCAGCAGGCAAUGCUGUCAGUCUGCAGAAGGACAUUUCACUGGCUUCACCCAAUCCCAAUGUUCGAGGGCCUGUGACCCGGACACCAGGUCCCCGGACAGCAGGGCCCCUGCCUGGAAACCAAGGGCUUGCUCCAGGGGCAGGGUAUCCUAAAGGACAAAGACCACCGCCUAAACAUUAGCACAAUAUCUGUAUAAUAUACACUGACUGUUUACUUUACUAAAUCCAUUUCAUUAUUUAAAC